AUGGAGAAAGAACCCGAGAAAGAUAGAACUGAGGACCAGGACUCUGAGGAAGUAACAGGUGCAUUUGGUGGUUACCUGAGGAUCUUUCAAUAUGGCUCAUCCAAGGACUAUACCUUGCAAGCCAUCGCCACUGCCUGCGCACUGGGCUCCGGUGUUGGCAUGGCCCUUGUCAACCUGGUGUUUGGCCAGUUUAUUACACUCAUCACCAACUACACAUCGGGUGAUUCAGAUGCCUCGAGGUUCAGAAGUGAAGCCGGGAGACUUAGUCUCUUCUUCUUCGUCAUCGGCCUUUGCAGAUUCUUCCUGACUUAUGGAUACAGCACACUGUAUACAUUUGCCGCAUACCGGAUCACACGAAACAUUCGCUGUCGGUACCUGAAAGCAGGACUGAGGCAGGAAAUUGCCUUCUUUGAUGCUGGCACUAGUGGAUCGAUUGCCAUGCAAGCUACCUCGAACGGGCGACUGAUCCAGGCUGGAAUAUCAGAAAAACUGGGGCUUGUUGUCCAGGGCCUGUCCGCUUUUAUAUCGGCCUUCGUGCUAGCAUUUGUCACUCAAUGGAAACUGACACUAAUUUGCUGCUGUAUUGCCCCAACAAUGCUUCUGGCCAUGGGGAUCAGCUCCACCAUUGAAGCCUCGAUCGAAACAAAAGUCCUCAAAGUUCAGGCCCAGGCUGGAGCUUUUGCAGAAAGUAUUUUGUCAAGCUCUCGGACGGUACAGGCGUUCGGGCUUCGAAACCAACUGCUACGCGACUUUGACAAGUUCUUGCGAGCUUCGAGAAAGCUCGGAAAUAAGAAAUCCCCUCUUUUUGGCUGCCUAUUUGCCACGGAGUACACUAUCAUCUUUGCAGGUUUUGGCUUGUGCUUUUGGCAGGGUGUAAGAAUGAUAUCCACUGGGGAGGUGGAGCAGUCUGGAGAUGUCUUCAUUGUCCUCAUGUCUGUGAUUGUGGCAGCUACAAGCUUGACGGCUAUCAUGCCUCAUUUGAUUAGUUUUGUCCGCGCUGCCUCCGCGGCUACAGAGCUAUUCCGGCUCAUGGACCGAGAGUCGAGAAUCGAUCCGUUCAAUGAGUCCGGAGAAAGACCAACGGAAGUGAUGGGAUAUCUCGAUUUUGGUGACGUUUCGUUCGCUUACCCUACGCGCCCUGACGUCAAAGUGUUGAAUGACUUCUCACUGCAUAUUCCUGCCGGCAAGACAACUGCGCUCGUCGGAGCAAGCGGGUCUGGCAAGAGCACUAUAGUUGGCCUAAUUGAACGAUGGUACGACCCUUUAUCGGGAACGAUCAAGCUUGAUGGCCAGCCUGUCGAGCUGUUCAACCUCAAAUGGCUGCGUCAGCAGGUUAGGCUUGUUCAACAGGAGCCCGUUUUGUUUGCCGGCACAGUCGCUGAAAACAUCGCCAAUGGCCUUGUGGGUACGCCGUGGGAGAAUGAACCCCCAAUCGAGAAGCUGGCCCGGAUACAGGACGCUGCUAAAGUUGCCUUUGCCCAUGAUUUCAUCACCGAACUUCCCGACGGGUAUGAUACCGUCAUUGGGGAGAGAGGUGGGCUAUUAUCCGGUGGUCAAAAGCAACGGGUUGCAAUUGCUCGCAGCAUUGUUUCCCAGCCACGAAUUCUUCUUCUUGAUGAGGCAACGAGUGCACUUGAUCCUCAUGCCGAGGAAGUCGUUCAACAGGCACUGAACAAUGUCUCGAAGGGACGCACAACAAUCACCAUUGCACACAAACUAGCCACUAUAAGAGAUGCUGAUAAUAUUGUCGUCAUGGAACAUGGCCGUAUUCUCGAGCAAGGCACGCAUAACUCCCUUUUGGAGUCGAAUGGCGCCUAUGCACGACUGGUGCAGGCUCAGGAUUUGUCUGUGGCUGCCCAGAACCCCGAUGAUAUGUCAGAUAGCUGGGAUGAAACAGACAAGGUAGACCAUAUUGCACUGACUGGUGAAUUAACCCGGUACUCAACUAUGACAAGAUCAGCUUUGGAGAAGCAGUUGAGUCGGGAUGAUUUUGACAAUUGGAAAAGAUUGGGGCUUCUCCAAACAGUUUGGAGAUUGCUGAAAACGACCCCUGAGCUCAAUUGGACUUUCGCGGUUCUUAUUUUGGCUUGUUUGGCUGGAGCUGCUUCAUAUCCUGGCCAAGCUAUUUUGAUGUCCAGAUUCAUCGAAGUAUUCCAGUUUACGGGUGCAACUAUGCGGAAGAAAGGGAACUUUUUCGCUCUCAUGUUUUUCGUUCUCGGACUUGGCUCGUUCGUUGUCUACUUUGUUGUCGGGUGGACAUCAAACAUUGUGGCACAGACAAUGAACCACAAAUACCGGAAGCAAGUCGUCAACGACAUGAUGAAGCAAGACCUGCAAUUCUUUGAUCGCACCGAGAACACUACAGGGGCAUUGACCAGCCGUGCCGACUCUUAUCCACAGGCCGUGUUUGAGCUUAUGGGAUUCAAUGUUGCUCUGAUGUUGAUUGCAACGGUUGGUGUAUUGUCAUGUUCCAUCAUGGCAAUAGUAUAUGCAUGGAAGCUUGGCCUUGUUAUUGUCUUAGCGGGACUUCCACCCAUGCUAGUUUCCGGUUACGCUCGCAUCAGAAUGGAGGGUGCAAUGGACCACAAGAUUUCAAAGUUGUUUUCCAUGAGUGCAUCCAUUGCCUCAGAGGCCGUGACUGCCAUCCGGACGGUGUCUUCCUUGGCGAUUGAGACCUCGGUUUUGGAGCGAUACACCCAGGAGCUUGACCGGGCGGUUGCCACGUCCACGAGGCCAGUGCUUCUUAUCAUGCUUCCUUUCGCAUUCACUCAGACUGUUGAAUAUUCUUUCUUGGCUCUGGGUUUCUGGUAUGGGUGUCGGCUUGUCUCAUUUGGGGAUCUGAGCAUGGUCAACUUCUUUAUCAGUUUUCUAAGUGUGUUCUUUUCUGGCCAGCAAGCUUCAAUUCUUUUUGGCUUUUCAAGCAGCAUGACAAAGGCAACAAGUGCUGCCAACUACAUAUUUUGGCUUGAAGAGCUUCAUCCUACCAUUCGUGAGACCGACGAAAACCGCGAUAUUGGCCCUGGCGACUUCAAGUCUCUGGACUUGGAAAACCUGCAAUUCUCCUACCCAAUGAGACCUCACGCUCGCGUACUACGUGGCAUUGACCUUCAUAUCAAACAAGGUCAAUUUGUCGCAUUCGUUGGCGCAUCUGGCUGUGGAAAAAGUACCAUGAUUGGCAUGCUCGAACGCUUUUAUGAUCCGGUAUCUGGUCAUAUCAGAAUCGACGCCGAUACAUUGGACCGCUUAAAUCCGUGGCUGUACCGAGCUCAAGUGGCACUUGUACAGCAGGAGCCAACUCUCUAUCCCGGCACCAUUCGCGAAAACAUCUCCAUGGGGGCCCCGACCGAUGACCCGUCAACGGUUCCUGACAGCGACAUUGAGGGUGCCUGUCGGGCGGCUAACGCGUGGGAAUUUAUCUCAUCUUUGCCAGACGGCCUUAUGACUCUCUGCGGAACCAAUGGUACACAGCUCUCUGGUGGGCAACGUCAACGCAUCGCCAUUGCCAGAGCGUUACUCCGGAAUCCCCGUCUACUCCUCCUAGAUGAAGCAACAAGCGCGUUGGACACACAGUCCGAGAGAAUUGUCCAAGAUGCGCUGAAUGAGGCGGCUUCCCAGGGGGAUAGAAUCACGAUCGCGGUUGCCCAUCGCUUGUCGACUAUUCGCCAUGCGGAUAUGAUUUGCGUAUUUGAUGGGGGUAAGAUCGCAGAGUCUGGAACUCAUGAGGAGUUACUGGCGAGAGGCCAACUUUAUUCGAAGAUGUGUGAGGCUCAGAACCUAGGCACCUGA